GAACCGCACUCCCAUCGAGUUUUCUUUAUUAUUUAAUGAAAUGUUCUCACAUAGACCUGUAGUCGCUUUGGACCAUAUAAAGGGUGUGCAGUAGAAUCACGGCAGCGCUUUGAAAAACCAGACGUCGAUUGAUGCGAUAGGUGCCAUACACGUGGACGUUUGUGUGCUGCCAGGCCAGUUGCAAGGAGAACCACUGCAUCUGUUAAAUUUGACAAUUUCAAUUUUACAAGACCUCAUUCAAUGAGAGAAUACUCACACUUCGCUCCACCAGAUAUUCAUGGCCAUGCGAUUCCCUCACAAUCUCUUUGGUUGUCGCCAUAAGCGAAUCCGUCGUGUGCGUCAGACAAUUCAGGAGCAGUGAAUAGAGCAGAGGCUGUAUGCAGAUGACAAACGCCAGAUAGAGCUGAUAGAGGUGGAGCUCAGAAACGCUCUGGCAACAGAAUAUGCGUACGAGCAGAUAUCCGAUCACGAUGCCACACCAGACAUUCCGCACCAGAAAGCACAGCAGCACAAACCUGAAGACGGUGCAGAACUCUGCGGUUAUAUUGAUCAGGCACUGGUACAUUCGCUGCAGCUGCAGCAGCUGAUUCAGCUGGCUUGGCAUUGGAUCAUCCAGGAGAAUCCGCUUCAGUCCAGUCUGCAGUCUCCACCAGCACUGGCAUAUCUCUGCCAUGAUUCCGAAUCCCACCGAGUUCAUGGCAAGGAUCAUGCACUCGGACAAGAAGCAAUUGCAGGGGAAAUCGAAACCCAAUUUGGUGCGAAUCGCAUUCAGGCCCACAUGAAUAAAGAGGCGAAGCGCCAGCAGUGGGGUUAAAGAGAGCACCAGACAGCCGAUAUAUCGCUGAUGGGACUCCGGAGCAAUGUACCCCAGCUCUAUGGCAAGUCGAUUCAGGUCCAAGAGCUUGUUCAGCAUCGCGUAGAUGCGAUCCUGCUGCCGGUAGGCACACUCCAUGCAGCUGAGAAGCGACAGAAAAACGAUGGUAAAGUGGGUAAAGGUGUUCAGCUCCAUCAGCUUCGAUCUUGCGAGCUCCACGUGGGUAUGGAACUGCCAAAAGUCCAAUAUAAACUUAAUUGUUAGACCGACGACAAUGAAGUUGUGAACAAUGCGAUAGUAGCCCAGGCAGCGGGACCAAUGCAAUUUGCCCGAAUUAAAUGCAAAAUAAAACGCCACGACUCCGUUCAGGGCACAGAAGUAGCCAAAGCUCAGUUGGAUUAGACGUUUCAGCGAUGACAUGACCAAACCAACUCAGGCAUUAUUCAAUUAUGUAGUUCACUUUUUUAUAAAUCCUUUCUAACCCAAUAGACAGGCAAUAGACAGGGCUGUAGGAUAUUGCUCUGCACCGACAGACACUGCUUGGGCCACGGAAUAUAUUCCACUGACUGAAAAGUUCCCCAGUAACUGCUCUGCUGCAGAUUCAGUGCACUAUUUCAUUAGUGGCCAAGUCCACAGCGGCAGAUUAUCACUAAGAUAAUCCUCUUCAUUAGUGAAAUGAGUAGCACUUAUGACGUAUGACGUCUAGCUGGUCUGUAACCUCACUGUAUCUGUGUGUGUGUGUAUAGCCCACCCUUGGCCAACAAUUGCCAUGGGACAUCUGCUGGCCGAAACGCGAAACGCGAACCCGAACCGCCAGCAGAGUUGGAGGGCCGAAACCAUGCGGAUCAAUCGGAUUUUCGUACUUUAUUUAGCAGAGUGGCGCUUGGGCCGCCGUUUCAGUUUGGCAGCAGCAAUCACGCGCAUCGGUUCGAAGCCCAGCCCAGCCCGAAACAAUUCCCAACCAACCAAACAACCAACCAACGUAUCGAAGCUGGAAAAACUAUGUGGAAAACGCGAUCCGCUUGACGGUUGACAAAUUUCCAAAUAGUCAUCACCUUGACAUUAGCGGAGAGGGCUCUCAAUUCAGCUAAUUGAUUUGAAAUUGGCAGCAGGGCGAAAAAUAAUGAGAGUAGUGCAAUUUAUGAAUACGUAUCAAGCUCGCAAAAACGCUCGAUAAAACGCUUAAAACAAGCCAAACAAAAAAAAUAAAAUAAGCCGCAAACGCGACAAUCAAAAAGUGUUAACUGCGCUCUAUCAGCUCCGCUCCAACUGGGCAAGGUCAACUGCAUCGUUAUGCCUCGAUUCUCGCUGGCGUUGUGGCUGGCUAUCCACGCCCACAUCCUCCUCUGCGCCCCAGCCCACUACAUACAAAUCGAUCACGAGGAGUUUCGUGCCAGCGGCUUUCCGCAUCCACAUUUCCCGCCCCCACCGGUGACACUGCUCGAUCACCUGCCACAGGUGCAGGCCACCAAGGAGCUGACCCCAGCGGAGGUGAUGGUCGAUCUGACGAAUGACCUCACCCACCGCCUGCUGCACUACCACUCCAUACUCAAUCGCAAUAACUUUGCCUUCUCGCCGACGGCUCUGGUCAGUGUCCUGGUGGCCCUCUACGAGGGUUCCGCCGGCAACAGUGCCAACGAGCUGCGCAACGUGCUGCAGCUGCCCAACAAUCGUGACGUCAUUCGCGUGGGAUACCGCGACAUCCAUCGACGACUGCGGACCUAUUUCUUUGGCUCCGACAACCCACUGAAGGGGCUCAGCAUGAACAAAAACAAUGUGACGGUCUUGAAGGACUUUGAGACGGUGCUCAUGUUCUACGGCUACGAUCUGAGUGUGGAUAUGGCGUCCUCCACGCCAGCAAAUAUUACGGCAAGCAGCAGCAAUGCCACAACCGAGGAUGCAGAAGCUGAAACCACCACCAGCAGCACGGUUAGGGAUGUGGAAACCACCACUGAGGUGCCAGCCACGACGACCACGGAGGCACCCACAACCACCACAACCACAGAGGAGCCAACGACCACAACAGAAGAGCCGACAACAGAAGCGCCGACAACAGAAGCGCCGGAGGCAACCACCGAGCCACCGACAGAGUCAUCCGGCGAGGAGACGGCGGAGCCCGCUGGCGAGGAUGAGGCCGCUGAGCUGGUGUCCGCAUUCGUGGCCGAGGAGGAGGCCGAGCCGCUGCUGCGCAUACAAAAGGCACGCGUCUCCCGAUUGCCCACCAGCAAGCUGCAGGCGCCGCUCAAGCACUCCAAUCCGAUCACGCCGAAGCCCAUCUAUCUGCCGAGUGCGCGGACAGCGACCAUGCCCAUGAUGGCCAGACAGGUGGCGGAGAGGAAGGCGCCAAACACACGACAGAUCAUUUCCAUUUCAGCUCCGCCGUCGGCCAAUGGUUCGUACGCGAGAAAGGCCAAGGUGUCCAGGCACAAGCGACACGCUCUGCCGUACAGGGAACUGGAUUCGAAUCUCUUUCUGACGCUCUUCCACCCACAAGGACCACAGCCAGCGCCACAUCCGUUUCAAUAUCCGCCAUCGGGCGCCUUUGCGCCCAUCCACAACGACUUUGAGCCGCACUUCAUCAGCGAGGCGGCCGAGAGCAAAUCCAACUACAACACGGACGUCAUCAGUCAUGUGUUCUACCUGGGCAGCCAUCAGAUCGUGCACACCACAUUCAAGGUGUACAACGCUGUGCUGUACUACAAGUACUUUGAGCAUCUGAAGAUGAGCGUCCUGGAGCUGGAGCUGGACACGCCCGAGUACAAUCUGAUGAUUCUGUUGCCCGACUACCACACGGACAUUGUGGCUGCGGCGGCAUCGCUGAAGCUGGGGCCCACAUUGCGGCUGAUGCGCAAGCAGCUGAAGCCACGGUGGGUGCAGGCCAUCAUACCGGACUUUAAGCUGCACGGCACCAUGUUCCUGACCAACGAUCUGCAGAAUAUGGGCAUCUGUGAUGUCUUCGAGCCAAAUCGCGCCGAUUUUCGACCCAUGACUGAUGAGAAAGGCGUCUACGUGCGACACAUUGAGCAAUCGAUAGACGUAAACAUUCGUACGCAUCCCAUCAAUCAACUAAAGCGCAACUACGGUGCUCAAACGAAACCCAUUCAGAUAUCUGUGAACCAUCCAUUUCUGUUUUUCAUCAUCGACCGAGAGCUGGACGUGGCUGUGAUGGCGGGCCGCAUACUGAAUCCAUUGAAUGUGCGCAUCCAAUGAUGCAAGACGAAGGUCGCGAAGUUGGGUCGUUGUUCCCUUGUUUCCUGGUGCCUACUAAUCUGCAAUACAAACAAAAAUCAAACACAAACUAGUUGUAAAUGUAAAUAUAAUGUAAUAUAAUCCACUGCUGACGCUCUCACCGUGCUAAG